UUGCUUUUGAAAUAAGAUCUCAGUGGGACAUUUCCCAGUGAGCAUGCCUGAAAGGCUAAAAGCACUGUGAUGAAAACUGAGUAGAGGACUGUGAUGUUCCUCAGAGUUGCCUGCUUGCUAAGUCUGGGUGAAGUACAAGGUGACUGGAAUACAGAAUAUCUGCCGCAGCAUCAUGACCUGCUCCCACAAUGUUGUCUUUCUCCUGGACACGGCCAGUUCUGUGCAGAAGGCUCAUCUUCAUCUGGGCACCUUGAAGAUCCUGAACUAUUUGGGCAGCAGGUUUGGCCUCGACAAGGUCCAGUGGGGCUUCAAGUUCUUUGACUCCUUAGGUGUCCAGGGCAGAAUUUCACGGGUAGGCAGUUUCCAUGAACUUGGAUCUCGCAGCUGGGAAGAUUUUGAAGAGGAGCUAGAGGCCAGGUUUGAAAACUGUUACCAUGCUUUGAACUUGCCUGGAUCAUCUUCUCGAGCCACUCUUGCUCAGAACAUGCUGAAAGAAGCAUUACUUGAUUAUCAGUGGGACCGACCUGAAAUUGCUUCUCCAGCCAAGGUGGUGUUGAGGAGCCAGAAGAGCAAAUUAACUGUGACUUCAGAGAAGCCCCAAAGGAGCUCUAAUCCUUCUGAGGAUUUUAUGAAUACCGUUUUUCUCUUCUCUCCCUGCCCUCAUUCCCAGAGAGAAUUGCAGCACUUUGUUUCUGGAAGUCAUGCUCAUUUGUCUCAUGAGCUGCCUACUUUGCAGGACCUAUCAGAAAAAUUCAUACCCAAGGGAAUUCAGGAAAUGAUGGCAGCUCAGAAAAUCACUUUGCAUUGGGUGGACACUGCUGAUGACUCCACGCCUCUUGAUUCUCCAGAUCAUGUUGGGUACCACACAUUGGCAGAACUGCUGCGCAUCUUGAAGGGCACCAUUUUGCCAUCAGAAAUCUUCAUUCGCCAUUUAAAUUGUCACAGAACGCAGACCUUCCCUUUGGAGUCCAUAUCGCCUAAGCUGUUCUCAUCAUGGGCUACAAUCUUGCCUUUGGAUUCAACCCUGAACUGUCUAUUCUCUUCACCUUCUGCAUUACAAGCAUCAUUCCCCCACCUGGAAGGAAUGCUAUUUCUAAAGAGUGAUGGAAUACAAAAGCCACAGAGCUGUGCUGUGACCCUGGAGCCCUUGACUGUGAGCCAAAGGUGUUUUGAGAAUCCAGUCAGUAUUUUUCUUAAAUGCACAGUGGCAGGCUGGAAUAUGAUGCAUACUAGUAGCUUCCCUGCAGAGAGCUGGAUAAUACAGAGUUCCCCACUGGGCCAGUCUGUUCAGGAGAUGUCUUUGUUUCAGCAUCUUGUAAGGUGUAUCCUGGCUCAAGGAUUACAUCUGGUUGCUGACGUGUCUCCAUCAGGAUCCUGUUCUCCCUGUACUGGGAUUUUUUCCCCCAUCUCCAGUACUGCUGCUGUUCUUUCUCUUCUGUGUGCUGAAAGAAUGGCUGAAGUUGAAAGAUGCCUCCUUCAGACUGCUGAGGAAGGGAACCUUUCCACGGAGGAUGACUUUAGCUCCCCUGAAAUGGUGAGCAGCAUGCUCAAUCAAGUAAAUGACCUGAAAGAAAAUGGCCCAGUUAGCCCUGCAGAGACUACACUUCCAGAGUGGGUACAGCAGGAGCUGUUUUGGACACAUCGCUGGAGCCCUGUAGUGAUUGAAAGCUGGUACCUAUUGUCAAACCUGUGUGGAGGAAGCUCCCCUUUGAUGGAAUCAUUAAGGUUGCUGCAAGGAGCUCCAGCUACUGUGGAAGAGACACGGAAGCCAGAAAUGGAGCUGACCCAUAGCCUGUCUGAAUUUUACCACCAGAGAGCCUCCAAAGCCUCUGCUACAUCUCGUCGACGGGAUCACAAAAAGAGGCAUGGCGCUCCCCAGACUCCUGUCAGGCAGAAGAUGAAGACCAUGCCUCGUUCCCUUAAGAUGCUGAACGUUGCGAGGCUGAACAUGAGAGCCCAAAAGCUCCAGCCAGACGAAGAGCUGGCAGUAAGCGAGAAAGUAGCCCAAAGGCUGCUGCCUAGAAGAGCAGAUGACGGAGUGGAAGAAAAGGAAAGAACUGUGAGAGCUAAAUUAGACUUCAAAACUGAGGAAGAGAUGGUCUCCUAUGCAACUGCAAGCUACCAGAAGGCUGUGGCUGAUGGAGAAAAUUUGUCCUCAUGUGCCCGUGAUAUUGUGGCAGCUAUGAGCAUUUUUCAGAUAACAAACGAAGUCCAAGAGACAGUGGUAGCCUGUACAGCCGCAAUUCGAAGCAGUCUCCUGAAGACCAGCAAAGCCCUCCGUCAAGAGCUGGGCAACAUUCCUGAUAAGCAAGUCAAAGUCAGAGAGUGCCAGCUUCAAGUUUAUCUGCGCCUAGAGAUGUCCCUGCAGUACCCCUUGAUACAGAAAUGCACAGGUGAAAUGGAACAGCUUGUUGAGGAGAUGACUGAAGUGCUAAGAAUUUUGUGCUUGAAUGAAGACCCAGCAUACCUCACCAAGUUUUUAGAAGAUAUUGUAGAAAUGUAUAUGGAAUCAAUACCAAAAACUCUUGGGAGCUUGUACUACAGUCUGGGGACGCAGGUUCCCCCCAAGUUGGCCUCUAUCCUGCCAGCAGACUUCUUUGGUGAUGAUUCUGUAAGUCAGGAGAGCCAAGUCUCAUCCCAUCCUGCUUCUGCAGCUUCUGACCCAGCUGCUAGGUCAGCUUCUGUAAAUGAUGAGGCCGACAGGCUGCAGGAGCUACGCACCAGAUCAGCCAAGAAAAGAAAGAGUUUGUUAUCCAGGCACCGAAGUGUGACUGAAGCAUCACUGAAUUUGCGCCAAAUAGAGAUCCCUCAAGCACCUAAAGCUCGUACUAGGAAGGAUAGUUCUCGUGCAUCCCUUGACAUGAAACUAUUUCCAGCAGCACAGAAAACACCAGUGCAAGAAGUGACAAAGGUGCGAAGGAACCUCUUCAAUGAAGAAAUACAUUCUCCCAGCAAAAGGAUCCUUCGAAGCCAGUCAGUAUCUGCUUUGGAAGGGCUGAAGCACAAACAUGGCCAAUCUAAUGAGGCCCUUAAAGAUCAUCACAAGCUACUGACCAAGCGGGUGGCCGAGACGCCACUGCACAAGCAGAUCUCCAGGCGGCUGUUGUAUAGGCAGAUCCAAGGCCGGUGUUCAGAUCCUGGGUCUGAAGUUGGAGUUGUAGAAGAGUCUCCUGAAAAAGCACUGACCUGUGGCUUAAGAAGGAGUCCCCGAAUCAAGCAGUUGUUGCUGGAUAGAACGUUCUCUGGUUCCUUUCAAUCCUCCAAGGCUAUCAUAAAGAAUGUAGAGGAGGUGCCUUCUGCACAUCUAGAAGGGCCAGGCAAUCCAGAGGAUUUAACAGGCUGGGCUUUGCCAUCCCCUAAAAACACUAUCCAGUCCCCUAAGAGCCUUCUCUUUGGAGCACUUCACGAGGCACCCAGUUCUGGAGGAAUGCAGUCACAAAGAAAGAGGAGAAAAUCUUUAGCCUCAGAUGAUCCUGUUGCUUACCAGACACCUAGAAAAACUCCUCGUCGGUCUUCCCAGAGGUUCCUAAGUCCCCCCAGCAACAUCCUGAGGAGAUCUCCUCGGAUCCAAGAGAAGUCCCAGCUGACCUUCCUGAAAAGCCCAGUCCCAAAACAGACGGUGGCAAAGAAUUUAGGCUGUCUCUUCUCCCCUCCUAAGCAGAAGAGCAAGCCUUCACCUACAUCCAUUGAGAAGAAAGGAGAAUCUCCAGCACAGUCCACUCUGUCAAAGGAAAACUUUUCUCCUCCUUGCAGAGCUUGGCAGCUCCACACUCCAAGAAAACAAGAAACGGGGGAAGUGUUCGGUGAGGUGUUUGGUUCACCCACAAACAGUUCCCAUUCAGAUUCUUGUUUUGUAGCAACAACUCUGUUGCCACUGAAUCCCAGGGGAAAGUCUCACUCUCAGCCGCACUUCCCUAAGCAAUCCUUGAGAACUGCCUGGAAACCAGCCUUUCUGGCUUCUGCUCAGAGGCAGACUCCUGAGGCAGAAAGACCAAGAGAUCUGAAUUAUUUUGAGCAACUGAAGUCAGACCCGACACCCAGAAAAUUUGGGGGUGGACCUACAGAUCAGUCCUUGAGCCCCAAGAGUGCUGGGGUUGCUGAGGCCUUAUCUCCACAGGUGUCACUAUCCAAUUUUACCUCUUUGCCUUGCACACAGCUAAGGGCGGGCUACAUGCUCUCCCCUUGUACAACUCCAGAGCAGGUCAGAGAGAUUUGCACACCCAAAAAAUCACCUUUGAAACUUCAGAGCAGAUCAGGCAUCACCCCAGCAGAAUCUGUCCAGUCUCCUUCCUGUGUGUCAGAAGGAUCCUUGCAUACACACAAAAGUAAGGGGGAACCUUCUCAGUGGGAUGUACUUAUCAGUCCUACUGAAACUGACUCAUUCUGCAAACCUGGGAUUAAUGAGAGUGUGUCUUUGGUGCCGGGAUAUGAACAGGCUUCAGGAACUGUGGCCCCAAGUAAGGUUUCAGAGAGACACCUGUCUCCUGAACUGUUGGCUAGAGAUAGCAGGUGUAUCCUGGAUGCCAUAGCGGCAUCUGAGUGUGUAGAUCCUUCUGCUUCAACCAACAAGGGGAACCAGAAAUUACUGUCAAAUAGUUCUCCAGGGCAACAAGGCCCAAUGGCUUUACAAGAUAAAGUUUUGCCAGCAGCAAAGUUUUUAGAUUUGCGGCAGCCAUUUUUUCAAACCCCUCCCAGAUGCACCAUGAAAUCCUCAGCCCCAAAGUUUGGCUCGAGCACCUACACAUUGCGCUGUACCCCAGGCAGAAGACAGCGGGAAGCUGCCGCACGGCUUGGCAAUAUUGAAACUAUGUCAAACGUGAUUAUUCCCCGGAAUACUCAUGCAUUGCCUUCCACAACAAGUCCACCUACCUACGAGGUUCAGCUUGAGAUGCAAGCAUCUGGCCUGCCCAAGCUCCGCAUCAAAAGGGUUGGCUCUGGGGUACCCAUCGAACUGCAAUCCCAGGCAGAGACUAGAAAAUCUGAAGUAGAGGAAAGCAAACUUGACACAGGGGAUCUUUGUGUGAGCUGGUGUGGUAGGCAUUCAGGAAAGCUAGAACCUGUCUGCAUCUCGCCAUCCUGUUUGAGGUCCACCCACAGUACUCCAGGGAAGUUGGGAGGAGGGCAGACCUACAUAUGCCAGUCAUACACUCCAUCUCGCUGCAUCUCAAGCUGCACUUCCCCAUCUGAUGGCAGUGCUAAUAUUUCUUGGACGCCUUCUCCAAAGCAGAAAGCAAAAGUUACCCCUGAAGCAAUCAAAGACUGGCCACGGAGAAAGAGGGCCAUUGUCGGGUGCAACAAGAGUGAGAGACAGGCAGAGCCUUCUACAGAUGAGUGGGGACUGAGUACAGAGCUCUUUGGUGGCAGCAAAGCCCUGGGUGUGGGAGAGUUUGAACUGGAGGGAGUUUACAGGCUCCAAGACCAGUCACCAUGCAGUGACACAGAAACGUGCAGAGAUAAAUGUGUCCACAAAGGGCCUUUUGGAUUAAAGUCCAGGAAAAGGGUCUUUGAACACCUGUCUCCAGAGGAGGAAGCAAGCUGGGAAACAAAAAGGGCCUGUCCAGUGCAAGAGCCCCCAGCUGUGGCUGUUCACUCAACAAAACUGUUCAGCAUACGCCAAGAAAGAGCAUCAUCAAUCAGGACAAACCUGGAAAAAGAGACCUUCAACUUCUCAGGCUUAACUCCACCCAGUUCUGUGAAGAGCAACAUCUCUGCUAGCAGUAUUCGGGCACUGACGCAGUCUCCCCUGCUUUAUCAGGGGUGUGCCACAUCCCAGAAGAAGUGCCUUCCAGAAGAUGACUCUGACUUGGGAGCCAGAAGUGAAGACCUGUCUCCAUUCAACAGCGCACCCUCUAAACGGCGUCCCCUCAGCAGGAUCUACUCACGGAAACGGCUGCUGAGCUGA